AUGAGGUACUUCUUCUGCUUCUUAUUCUCUUCAUGUCUCGCGCAGGCUGCGAGCAUGGUCUUUACAGGCUUCAACUAUGGCGCCUUCUGGAGCCUGGAAGCCAACAUCAAGAAGAAGGCAGACUUUCUUGAUGGCUUCAACUUAGCAAGAAAUCUUACCACCGACAUACCCUUCGAUAGUGCGCGCCUGUUCACUUGCAAAGCAGCCGGCACUCUCAACGAGCCUACUGAAGCUUUCGAUGCAGCAGUCGACUCCAAGACCAACCUGCUCUUAGGAUUCUGGAUCACGCCAGGACAGAAAGGCGGCUCGCCGGACGAGAAAGUCAAGAAUGAAAUGGCUGCACUCGAAAAAGGAUUCAAGAAACAUGGCCAAGCCCUUUCAGAUCUAGUUAUUGGACUCUCUAUCGGCAGUGAAGACAUAUACCGUGCCGAGGAGGCCGGCGAGAUAGGUGUCACUGCGGCAGUUGUCGGACAAACAAUCGCUCAAGUCAAGAAAGACAUCGCUGCCUCGCCAUUUGCUCAGUACAUGAAGGACAAGCCGAUUGGUCACGUUGAUACAGCCAAGUAUGCAGUGGUGGACAACGCUGACUUCAUUGGCAUGACUGUAUAUCCAUAUUGGAAUAAAGACAGCAUCGAAUCAGCAAGCACAAGCUUCCAAGGUUCUCUCGAGCAAGUCAAGCAGCACGCAGGUAACCGACCUGUAUGGAUCGCUGAGAUGGGCUGGCCCUCUACUGAUACCGAAUUACACGGCGCUGCAGUUGCGGGUGUGAACGAAGCACAGAAGUUUUGGAGCGAAGCCGGCUGUGCUGUGUUUGGUAAAUACACUACAUUCUACUUUGAGUUACUCAAAGAUACAACACCAGAACAGAAAGCCGAUUGGAGUAUCAUUGAUACCAACACUCGACAGCAAAGGAUUAGGAACUUGAGCUGUGGCAAUCCACAGGCCAAGUCCCCUACUGGCGCACCAGCUAUCUCGCAAGCAUCAUCUCAAUCUGUUGGGUCGACCCCCCCAAGCAUACCUGUUUCUGGCUCACCAGUCACUCCAAGCGCGCCAGCGGUGAUACUGUCGUCUGAAUCUCCGUCGACCGGAUCAACACAAUUCCAAGUGGCGAUAGGUUCCAAAACGGUCACCGUCAAUACCACGUCAACAACCAUUGUCUUUGCAGAGACUACAACAACAGCCGUUCCGAGAGACGUGCCCCUAGAUGUCGAAUGGUGCAUCACAGUCGUCGACAUGGACCGAAACAGCAAACCUAUCACUAUCGCUGCGGGCCCUGCUGGGCUAGAUGGAGAAUGCAUCUCACCUCCAACUUAUCAAGGGUACCCGUAUAUAACAGCACGAUCAGCAGCGGAGCCGUCUAAGAUACCCAUCGGAACAGACUGGUGUGUUACGGUGGCCGAUAUUGACCGCAACGGUCGUCCUAUACCUGUUGAUGCCGGGCCCGCUGGAGCAGACGGCGAGUGUAGUGUUCCCCCAACUUAUAGCGGUAUACCUGUGAUUACUACUUUGACUAUCGACUCGAAGGCGCCUGAGCCAUCGAAAGAGCUGCUGCCGAUGUCUCAGGCUAUGGACCUUGCUUCACCUUCCAGUGUUCAAGUGUUAGCAGGCACUGUUGCGUCUUCAGCAAGCGCUGUUACUCCAUUACCUAGUAAGUCGCUUAGCUGA